GGUAUCACAGGUUGUUGUAUGCAGCUGACACACACAUAAAGCAGGAAUGGCUGAAACAGGAGCCCCUCCGGUGCCUAGCCCAGCUGCCCUCUCCUACCCUGCAGCCUCGGUCAACCUACCCACUGGAAUAGAGGUGCUCAGGACAUAUUCAGGAGCCUUCAUCUGCCUGGAAAUUAUAUUUGGAGGCCUUGUGUGGAUUUUAGUAGCCGCUUCAAAUGUUCCAGUUCCUAUCGUGCAAGGAUGGGUGAUGUUCGUCUCAGUCACAGCCUUUUUCUUCUCUUUAUUGCUUUUGUGCGUGUUCGUUUGCGGCCUUAUCCAUAUGAUUCAAACAAACUGGAACUUUGUGGAUCUCACGUACCACUUCUUUGCGUUUGUGUUCUAUUUUGGAGCAUUUGUACUCGAAGCUGCAGUCACAUCUUUAGCUAAUAACGCGAGAUAUGAAAGCUCAGUCUUUAGAUUAGAUAAUCGUAAAAUUGGACUCAACGUAGCAGCAACGAUAUUUGCUUUUGCCACAACUGCAUGUUAUGGUUGUAGCAUGGUACUUGGAUUCCGUAGGUGGAGAUCAUAACACAAAACAAGCUGAACCAGACACAUCCUAUGAAUGCCAUUGGAUAUUUUUGUGACGAAAAUAUCUGAUAUACUAUAAAAAAAACAACAGCAAUUUAAAAACAGAAAAAAAGAUCAUUGGAGAGACUAAAAAUGUAUUUUGUCAAGGAAUGUAGACAAUGUUGACGUCUGGAAGAGUGCAUCUAUAAGUUUAUGUGUUUGCAUAAGUGGUUUGUAUAUUUGCUAUGCUAAACAAAUUAAUACCAUGGCUUAUGCAUGUACACAAAUAACUGUUAAAUCAUUGUAUAAACGCAACACACCAAUGAAGGUGUUACAGGAAAAUGGAAGGAUAUCUGAAUAGCCAUUUCUUCUCAAUAUUAUAGCCUUUUGAGUUCAUUUUAUGUGACAUACAUUAUUUAAAUUGGUUAUAACAAAAAGGCGUAGCGACAGCACUCCCAAAAUAUUUAUUGAUUAUUAAGGAGACAGUACUUAAAGGAAAUAGAUGCUCGAUAAUAAAAUACUGUAAUGCCCUAGAGCAGGGGUGUCAAACUUGCGGCCCGCGAGCCUCAUGCGGCCCUCAACCUAAUUUUGUGCGGCCCACGCCACCUCCAUGAAAAAUAUUAAUUAUAAUAUGCUUAUUACUUAAAGAGCGAGUGCGCUUACUGUUAGGGAUGCACAUACAUUAAAACAUACGUUAUUAAAAAGAAAAAGACAGAUAAGUGCAUAAUGAUUUCUUUAACACAUGCAGUUCAUUACUAUGGUAGCACUGAUUUCCCACAUCAUUUCUGUCCAUUCCUUUCCAUCAUUUUCUCUUUAACUAAAAUCACAUACUUUAUAUAUAUUUCUAUGUAUUUAUUUUAUAUUAUGUACAACAGGUAUGUCUAUCACUAUUAUAAACAGUGGGUCGCAGGUGGAGCAUGUGUCUCACCUUCUUAAAAGCAUUAGAGCACAUUUCCUCAAGCCAGAGUAAGUUAAUUAGGAGUUACAGAACACAAUCUUUUGAAAUUUAUACAGUUAUAGCAAAUGCCCCUGUACUGUUUAGCAAUGACAAGAUAUGUAGGUAGUGUGCGGCCCACGUGAGUUGUACUUGUAUGGAAAAUGGCCCGCGACUAAAAUGAGUUUGACACCCCUGCCCUAGAGCAUUUUAUUAUGACACUGUUGCUUACUCGUACUGUAAAGAGGUUAAACGCAUAGUAAAAGUAAGCAUCGGAGCUGCACUUUCACUGCCAUUCUUAAGCUGAACAUGAUCAUUAAUUGGAAGCUAUGCACAUAUGCAGUUCAAGGUUAGGUUACCAGUGCAAUUAUAAAAUGCUCUAAUGCAUUAGAAGAUAUUAUUAUCUCUGUUUUGUCCCUUUAAAUAUCCUUUAGCAAUCCUGAUAUAUGUGGGAAACAGGGGUGGCUUACCCUGCAAUACUUAUUACAGCAAAAUAAAAAUUACAAAACAGUCCACUAGGGUUAUAUUUGUGUGUGUCACUUUUUAGUAAGGUGACUGAAUGCCCCCCUAUAUUCUGGUAUGUCCCCUUGUCUUGUCCCCUUUGUCUUGUCUAAAGGAUGUUCCAAAAACUUUAAAAAUACAUUCUUGAGAUAUCCCAAAAGCAGUGCAUAAAAAUGAAAUAUAUGAUGCAAUAUGCACCAACUAAAGUCUAAAAAACAAAACUUAAUGAAUACUAUUAUUUUUGUUGAUGAAAUACACCCCCCCCCAUAAAUCUUUAGACUUUACAAUGGUUAAUAUAUUCUAAGAUCUUUAGACCCUUUUCAGUUUUUUGAUGUUCUAUAAUACAUAGUGUUUUAUACCCUUCCACCCGUAAUCGCAUAAUUAAAAUGUCUUUCGUUUGAAUUUUACACUAAAAUAUUUGGGUUUUAAUGCAAUAUAUUUUUGUACUAUGCAACAUAAAUAUUCAUACAUUAUGAAAUAUUGUACACAGUUGUGUGAGAUGUUUUUAUUUGGAUAUAGAAACCUUUAAACAGUAAAAGACAAUUAUUGUACAUCUACAUACAUAAACAUUUUGGAAAGAGCAAUGUAAAUGGAAAUUAUAUUUAAACUAUGGCUAAAUACUGUAUCAUACUUAUUGUAAUUGUGUAUAAACCAAUUCUAAAUUUAUUUAAGGAACAAUUUUUUUAUGAGAAAUACAAUACAGUUCAACCUACUUUUUUCUGCUGUAGUACUUCUGUAAUUGAUUUGUAUGGUACAAGGUACAAAGCCACUUGUUUCUGUGUUUGAUCAUUAUAGAGAAGAUUAUGUGGAUCUUAUUCUUUUGACAAUCCUAAAACAAUCAUUAUUUUUUUAUUAUUAUUUUUAUUAUAAAUUCAACAUGUUAAACUUGAAGAGUACAGUAUAUAAAUCAGGGAUUAUUGCUGGAUUAUAAUGCUAAUGUAUGGGUUUUUGGGUAAAAGCCAACAUUUUUCAAAUAAAAUGAUUAUUGUUGUAGUAA